GAGAACUUCCCGCAAGCGUCGCUUCAGCUAUCAGACAAGUAGUAUAGACCAGUUCUGGAGCCAUAGCUGGCAUGGGAGCAAAUACAGCAAAAUAUUGACUGCGUUGUACUUGAACAACGGCAUGCUUGCAGUACUGGUAUCAACUCUGGGCAGUCUCAUGGUGAUGAUUUUUGUAGGCUUGGGCCUGAUACCUGGGCUCCGUACCAGUGGGGGCUUGCCACUCACUCCGUGGUGCCUUCUGUCAGGCUUCGGGAUGUAUCUGCUGGUGUUAUUCGGCUGGAGACCAAGACACAGCAUCUUCAUUGACGUGCUAUGCAUUAAUCAACAGGAUGAGGUCGAGAAAGCAGCGGGACUUCUUAGCAUGGGGGCAAUUCUGAAAUGUUCAGAUGCACUCCUCGUGCUUUGGGACGCGACGUACACACGUCGGCUGUGGUGUGUGUUCGAGAUGAGCGCAUUUCUGCACAGUCGUCCGGCUAAUCAAAGACCCAAGCUAACCAUCCGACCAACAAUAUUGGGGCCGUGCCUCAUCUCUCUUCCCAUAGCUUUGGUUGCCAUUGUCGUUGCUAUUGGCCUACUAGACUGGGAUGAGCUAGCACAUAAGAAGCACAUAUUGUUUCCCCUCAUGGCACUGUGUGCUUUCAUCGGCGGCUACGUGGUUGUUGCAGUGUUACGAGCUUAUUUUGGCUCCGUGCAACAGCUACAAGAUGAGCUGUGCAACUUUACAGUUCGAGACAGCCUUUGCUUUUGCUGCAGCACGAACCACGUGUCGAAACGAGGCCACCCAAUUGCGUGUGAUCGGAGGAUUGUUCUCCAAUGUAUCAGGACAUGGUUCGGUAGCGUUGAGGCCUUUGAUGCAAAGGUCCGGACACAGGUGCUGGAAUUGCUUGCGCAACAGCUGUCAAAUGAGAUCUGGACUUACACGCAGUGUGCAGGUUCAGCUAUUCCGCUGCUUUGGCAUUUCAUGGACAAUGCAGCCACGAAUGCAGCCAUGGUACCCGAUCACAAUGGCACGCUGUAUAUUCUUUGGGCUAUUAGGGAGCUUGUUCGUGGACUUGGAUGGACGCUAGGCGUUCUGCCCUUGGUCUUCUUUUUGGGAGCAAGAUUGGCAUACGCUUUUCGACGCAGGCGCACAUGGCUGUGUUGCGGCGUGCUGGUGAACUCUUCCAUCGUGGGAUUCUUAGUCCUUGUCUUUGUGGCAGCCCUGGAGCUUGAACAGCUGUGCUGGAUGCUGGAAAACGUGCUUUCGGGCGACGAGCAGUUUCAUCUCAAUG